GCUGGGACUCGGGGCUCCUGGAGUUAAUGUCCAACUGGGGGUCUGCGGAGACCGGAUCCGAGGUGCCGCCGCCGGACGGGACUCUAAGAUGAAGUUAUGGGAUGUCGUGGCUGUCUGCCUGGUGCUGCUCCACACCGCGUCCGCCUUCCCGCUGCCCGCCGGUAAGAGGCCUCCCGAGGCGCCCGCCGAAGACCGCUCCCUCGGCCGCCGCCGCGCGCCCUUCGCGCUGAGCAGUGACUCAAAUAUGCCAGAGGAUUAUCCUGAUCAGUUUGACGACGUCAUGGAUUUUAUUCAAGCUACCAUCAGAAGACUGAAAAGGUCACCCGAGAAACAAAUGGCCUUGCCGCCUAGAAGAGAGCGGAAUCGGCAGGCGGCGGCCGCCAACCCGGAGAAUUCCAGAGGGAAAGGUCGGCGAGGCCAGAGGGGCAGAAAUCGGGGUUGUGUCUUAACUGCGAUACAUUUAAACGUCACCGACCUGGGUUUGGGCUACGAAACCAAGGAGGAACUGAUUUUUAGGUACUGCAGCGGCUCCUGUGAUGCAGCUGAGACAAUGUACGACAAAAUAUUAAAAAACUUAUCCAAAAACAGAAGGCUGGUGAGUGACAAAGUCGGGCAGGCAUGUUGCAGACCCAUCGCCUAUGACGACGACCUGUCGUUUUUAGAUGACAACCUGGUUUACCAUAUUCUAAGAAAGCAUUCCGCUAAAAGGUGUGGAUGUAUCUGACUCGGGCUCCAGAGACCGCUGUGUAUUGCAUUCCUGCUACAGUGCAAAGAAAGGGACCAAGGUUCCCAGGAAAUGUUUGCCCAGAACGGAAGAUGAGGACCAAGGAGGCAGAGGAGGAGGAGGAGGAGGAGACAGGAGGAGGAGGAGGAGGAAGGCAGCCAUUGGGGGAGCCUGGUAGAGGGAGAUCCAGCUACAGAGAACUGGAAGGGAGAGAAAACAGCCAUCCAGAUUCUCCUGGCCGGCAGCCGACGUCACCAGAAGCUCAGGGCUGGUGUCCCUGGUUGGGCGUUUCCUUUCAUCUGAUAGAGCCCACCGUCACCGGUCAUGGGCACAGUUGCGGAUGCACU